AUGCUUCACCUUAAGUGCCGUACCCAGGCAGUCCGUGGAAUUACCAAGGGGCCUUAUUCCCAAGGAUAUUCGCCGUAUAAUGAAACCUUUCCCACAGCUAAUAGCCCGGCCGGAAUGCCUCACUUUCAGCCACAGUCAGCGGUUACAGAUAAGGCAAAAUAUGACAGGAUCGUACAGCUGGAGAAGAUGAUUUUAGAUGAGCGAUUAAGACAGGAGGCACAUAAGGAGGUACAGAAGAAGGAAACAGAAGCAGAAGCAGCAAAGGACGAGGCUAUUGCAAGGCUGGAGAAGUUGAUUCUAGUUGAUCGCAUUGAACGUGAAAAUAGGGAGGCAGUACGCCUCGCAGCAAUUGCAGCUGAAGCGGCCGAGAAACAAGCUCGUGAAGAACAAAUUGCACACGAUCGAUAA